AUGCAGAGAUCGUUAUCAUUUGCACAUAGAACCGCAAUCGUCCGUGCACUUAAAGGCCUCGAAGACUUGAUUGGGUUAAGUGUCGUCGAUUAUUUAAUGGGUGAAAAAGGAUGGAAGUUUAGUACGCCCGAUGAACAACCGGGUUCCAUUCCAGAUGAUAUUAAUAAUGCUCAAUAUAUUCGCGAAUUAUAUUUCAAAGCUAAUCCCAAUUAUGAAGGAAGAUUCACUGUUCCAGUUCUUUGGGACAAAAAAACUCAAACAAUAGUUAAUAACGAAUCCAGCGAAAUUAUCCGUAUAUUUAAUGAUGUAUUUGAUGAUUUCACCCCAGCCACAAAGGGCAAAACUUAUUAUCCCGAACAUUUACGCGCACAAAUCGAUGAAAUUAACGAAUGGAUUUAUGACACAGUUAAUAAUGGGGUAUACAAAUGCGGUUUCGCCACAACUCAAGAAGCUUAUAAUCGACAUAUUGAACCGCUUUUCAAGUCAUUGGAUCGAUUAGAAGAAAUCCUUUCCAAACAUGAAUUUCUUGUAGGAGAUACCUUUACUGAAGCUGAUAUUAGACUUUGGACAACCAUCGUGAGAUUUGACCCCGUAUAUCACACGCAUUUUAAAACAAACAAGAAAACGAUUGAACAUGAUUAUCCUAAUAUUCUUCGUUGGGCUAGGCAAAUUUAUCAAUUUCCGAAAAUUGCCGAUACCGUUAAUAUGCAUCAUAUUAAACAUCAUUACUUUGAAAGCCACAAACAAAUUAAUCCAACCGGAAUUGUACCAAUCAACGAUGGUCCAGACCUCGCUCAUCCUAUUAUUAAACACAAGAAUGCGUAA